AUGAAUCCAAAAAUAUCAGAUUUUGGAUUGGCACGGAUUUUUCAUGAGACAAUAGAUCUAGCUACAACUCAUAGGAUUGUGGGAACAAUUGGCUAUAUGGCUCCAGAGUAUGCAAUGGGAGGAAUAUUUUCAGAGAAAUCUGAUGUGUACAGCUUUGGAGUGUUGCUGCUAGAGAUAGUUAGCGGCAUGAAGAAUAACUGUUUCCAUCAUGGUGAACAACAGCUAAGCAUAAUAGUUCAUAAGUGGAAGACAUAUCAGGCAUGGCAACUUUGGAGUCAAAGCCGGGCAUUGGAUUUAAUGGAUGAAGCAUUAGCCGAUUCGUUUUCAUCAUCAGAAGUUGUGAGAUGCAUAGAUGUUGGUCUUCUUUGUGCACAGGACAACCCCAUGGACAGGCCAACUAUGGCGGAGGUAGUCUUCAUGCUAAGCAAUGAAACAGAUCGUCCAAAGCCCAAGAGACCUUUGUUUUAUUUUCAAAACUCGAUGAAAUUCGAUUUUGAUCCACCAAGUGGUACAGAAAAUUGUUCAACAAAUGAAGCAUCCAAAUCGAUUGUUGAAGCUCGUUAA